AAAAAAUAUAUGUCGAUAGAUACCACAUUGUUAGGUCUCUCUUUCUCUCUCUCACGUUCCUGCGCUCUCUCUCUCUCUCCCCUGUCUUUCUCUUUCUCUUUCUCUUUCUCUGUCUCUCUUCAUUUCUCUCUCCUCUCUCCUCUCUCCAGAAGGGGCAAACCUUAAAGAGCCGUUUACACCCAACCAAUUCUCAUGGAUGAUGACGCAUUGAACAUGCGCAAUUGGGGUUACUAUGAGCCGUCCUUUAAAGGGCAUCUUGGUCUGCAGCUCAUGUCAACCAUGGCAGACCGUGACACAAAACAUUUUCUUCCCGGUCGUGAUCCCAAUAGCAUUAUGGUUAACACAGCAAAUGGAACCUUUCAUCCCCGGGAUUGUGUUGUUUCAGAAGCUCCUGUCCCCAUGAACUAUGUGAGAGACAGUUGGGCAAACCAGAGAGAUAAGUUUCUCAAUAUGUUACCUGCUAAUCCUAACUAUGGCGUUCUCCCAGAAACUUCUGGAGCUCACUCCUUACAGAUUUUACAACCACAGGAUCCAUCAAUGGAUGAGAGAAUGGUUAAAAUUGAAGAGCCUCUUGUUAAAAGUGAGGAUGGCCAAAUGAAGAAAAGGCAGAGUGGAGGUGCCCCAAAAACACCAAGAGCAAAAAAGCCUAGGAAGCCAAGGGAUAAUAACAAUCCUUCGGUUCAGCGUGUCAAGCCAGUGAAAAAGAAUAUGGAUGUUGUUAUAAAUGGGAUUGAUAUGGACAUCUCGGGUAUUCCUAUUCCAGUUUGCUCAUGUACUGGAACCCCCCAACAAUGUUAUCGAUGGGGCUGUGGUGGUUGGCAAUCGGCUUGUUGUACCACAAAUGUGUCUAUGUAUCCCUUGCCAAUGAGUACCAAAAGGCGUGGUGCCAGGAUUGCUGGCCGUAAAAUGAGCCAGGGUGCAUUUAAGAAGGUGUUGGAGAAACUAGCAGCUGACGGUUAUAAUUUUUCUAACCCAAUUGAUCUGAGGACUCACUGGGCAAGACAUGGUACCAACAAGUUCGUCACUAUCAGAUAAGUUGGAUGGUGCCAUUAGUGGGAUUUACAUUGCAUUAGGUCUGCUUUCAUAUGUGUAUAUAUAUGUGGCCUUUUGCAGAUAUCUGCCUGUUACUAUGUAGUCCAUGAGUUUUCAGUGUCACUGAAGCAUUCGCAAAAUUCAGGCAUCUGGUCUGGGUUCCAUUUUUUCUUUUUGACUUGUUUUGUUUCUGCUUAUGUGCUUAAGGCGACCUGUAAACUUUGGCCACCAGGAUUUAUUCAAGAGUUGUCAUUUGUUGGACCAUUACUUUUAUAUAAUAUCUUUUCAGCUGUCAA